CCAUAACUUGGUAUCAGUCGCUAGCCAUAGCCUUCGAGGAUAUCUUCGGCUCCCCUUCCUCUCCGGCGACCCACUCCUCCUCCUUAGCUGCCCUCUCCUCUGGGACUUCCCCCACCGCUCCGGCUACUUCCUCUGCCAUCACCGCUGCUCUCUCCACCACCGCUGCCCCCUCCACCACCACUGCUCCCUCCUCUGGCCAGUCUUCCCUCAACAUCCACAAUGACCACAUCUCCUACUACAUCAAGUUCAAGUUGGAUCCAGCCGAAAACAAAUUUUCCAAGUGGCGCACCUUUUUCCGCAUCGUCCUCCUUCAGUACCGCGUCCAGGAUCAUGUCGACCGCCCUCCUUCGCGUAAUGCCGACGCCGACUGGCUCGCGGUCGACCAGCGCCUCGUCCUUUGGAUGCUCUUCACGCUGGACGAUCCCCUUCUGGAGCUCAUCUCCGGCCGUGUUCUUGACGCCUACACUGCCUGGCAGCGCAUCGCUGAUUACUUUCUGGCCAACCAGGGCGCCCAGAUCCUCCAUCUCACUCACCGGUACCGGAACCUGCAGCAAGAUGAUCUUCCCAUUGUCGAGUAUGCCUGCCGCCUCAAGGCCCUGGCGGACGUGGGCGUGCCGUCAGCGACAACGACCUCACCAUGCAACUUCUUCACGGCCUCGCCCCUCGCUUCGAGAUGAUCUGCAUCGUGCUGGGCGACACCAACCCGCUCCCGCCCUUCGGCGUCGUCCGCUCGUGCCUCGAGCUGGCAGAGUACAAUAUCUCCCUGCGCACGGCCACUGAUGGCGCCACCGCUCUUUCCAUCACCCACGGCGGCUCCGGCGGAUCGGGUGGCCCCGGUGGUCCCGGUGGCUCUGGCGGCUCCGGUGGCUCCGGUGACCGCGGCGGCUCACGCCCUCCUCCUGGCGAUCGCGCCGGUCCCGACGGCGCUCAUGGGCGUGGCGGCAGCUCCCUUGGUGGCUACAACGAUGAGCGCGGCCAUGGCCGAGGCCGUGGCCGUGGCCGCGGGCGCGCUGACUCGUCCGGUCGCCGCGCUCCACCGGCGUCCCCCGCCUCGUUCACGGGCUACUUCGCUCCGUACGGCAUGGCACUGCCGUCUCCCUGCCCCGGCUGGUCUGCACCCAACGCCGCGGGCGUGCUCGGUCCUCGCCCAGGCGUCCACUCGCAAGCCUAUCCUGUCAUGCUCUCUGGGCCUUCGCCGCCAUACUCCGCGCCGGCCGGACAGAUGCAGUUCCACCUGCCUGCGCCCUCAUGCGAUCAUGCUGCUCUCUUCAAUCACGCUGCCAAUCAGCCGGACUUCCCCUCCAACGAGUGGUAUAUGGACACCCGCGCCUCGUCUCACGUAACGGGGAACCGAGGAUCUUCGCACUCAGACGGUACUCAUGACGUCCAGUAGCUCCGGCGACCUUUACCCUAUUUUCAGCAAUAACUCCACCGGCAGUCGCGCUUUCUCCAUCACCACAAGCGAUCUGUGGCACCGGUGGCUCGGGCAUCCAGGCAAAUCUUCAUUAGCCAGCACUAUUAGCAUUUUUCUUUCAGAUUGUAAUAAACUCUGCUCCCUCCUUUUGUGAGGCAUGUCACCUUGGGCGCCAACCUCGUUUGGCCUUUCCUUCAUCCAAUAAUGUAACCACUGCUCCCUUUCAAUUAGUGCAUUGUGAUUUUGGACCUCCCCGGUCACAAGCUUCUCA